AUGUCGGCUCGGGCACAGAAUGCAGAAGAACAGUCUCCGGCCUUGACAGCCCAUGGUGCUUCUCAUACGUCGUCAUCUUCGGCGCAGGAGACAGAACACAAGGGCGGCGCUUCCGACAAGAGCAAGACUGGCAAGAAUGUCAAACCUGCAAAGUCGCCAUCCAAGAUCCCCAGCUGGAUCAAGAGCAACAUAACUUCGGCUCGAUCUCUCCGCAUUCUUGCAAGAUGCUGGGUAGCAACGUGGGCCAACUUCCUCUUGAUGAUCCCCGGCCCUUCCUUGCGGGUCCUUGGGCAGGCUGCCUUCUUCGGCUGUAUGCUCACCCUCAUGAUCCCGCCCUCCAUGCCCUUCUUCAUCUUCUUCCUUGCCUUCGGCAUGCUUGCCAUCGGCGCACUGACAGGCUGGGCUUGGGGAUGCGCUGCCAUGGCUGCUGCUAAUCGCGCUCGUAGCCAGCCCCUUUUGCAAGCUGCCAUUCAACGCGUUCAAUCUUCUGCUGCCUCGUCCACCAAUCCCGAGGCAUACGUCGCCACCUCCGUCUUCCGCGGUCAAUACCUGGACGUUCGAUCCACGGCUGUGUUCGGCGUCUUCCUCAUGCUCGGCGUCUAUGCCGUGGCAGUGCUUCAGGUCAAGCGUCCAAAAUUCAAGAUUGGGUCCAUCUUCCUCCUCAUCGUCACCGACAUCAUGUGCUCCUACGGUCCUCUGUUCCCCUACGCAAGAUACACGCUCGGCCAGAUCUUCAUGAUCCCGAUCGGCUGCUCGCUCGCCAUCUGUCUCGCUUCGCAGAUUCUCAUCUUCCCAGAGACGCUGGCGUACGCCUGGCAGCUCCGCUUCGUCUCCAUGCUGGCCACCACGCGCGACCUCGUUCGUCUGCAUUCAUCGGCCCUCGAAGAUGUGUCCAAGCACCACGAUCCUUCCAGCAUCUCUUCAACGCAGUCUCGCCACGAGCAGCCGACCAGCGAGGUGCUGCAUCGAAGCAUUCAAGCGGAGGAUGAGGCCGCCAAGACUGCGUCUGGCUUGCUUGCCAAUGUCAAGGCAAAUCGCGCCGCGUUUACCGAGCAGAUCGAGGAUAUCAACGGCAUGACUCCAUUCCUCGGCAUGGAGUUUUAUCGAUCCUACUUUAGCGCACGCGACAUGAAGGUCAUCUUCCGCAGGACUCGCUCCGUCAAUCUCCAACUCACGCUCCUCAACUCCUUCUGGCGCAUGGUUGGCCGCGAGCUCGGUAUCUCUGACCCUCACACCUUUGACGAAAACUGGGAUCCAUCUCAACUCGAGCCAGGCUACCACAAAGACGGAGAACACGGUACUGAAGCGCUCCCCACCAAAGAGCGUCUGGAUCCGAUCCGACUGCACGAAACCGCAACCAUUCACCGCGUUCGCCGCGAUGUCUUCGCCAGCGAAGCUCAGCAGCAGGUGCACAUGUCGCGCAUGCUCCACAUCCUGCACAACAUCGCGGCACCAUCGCUGGAUGCGGCUGCUGAUUCAAUCGAAGCUAUUCAAGCCUAUUUCGAGGCGAAUCUCUCCUGGAGACAGAAGCGUCCCAUCGACCAGGUGCUGCAACAGCUACACGAAACAAAGAUCAAUCUCGAGAGCGCUCGGCAAAGCUUGCUCACAGACAAGAGGCUCGAGCUGUUGCAACCCUAUGCCGAACACUUUCGAGCUCUGCAUCCGGACUUGAACCUCGAGGAACACUUCUUGCAGACCAAAGAAUCCGUUCAAUCGUUCCGAGCCGGCGUUCGUCCGCUCCACGUCUGCCUUGUCUUCGUCACCAAUCUUUUGGACGCACUGGAUACCGUCUCGCAGCUUCACACCGAGAUGCUCAGCGUCGCGGACCGCGCAGGCAACCGGAAACGCUUCUGGGCUCCAAAGCAUCUCGGACGAUUGAUUGCCAUUCUCAAGAGCGACAAGCGUGGGUCGUCCGAUGGACUCGAUCGCUUUGGUCCAGGAGACGGUCAAUUUGACCGAGAGGAGGUCCUGGACAGCGAUUUUAGGAGCGAUCGAGUCCAUACCGCUUCCUCAGCUAGCAGCGCUCAAAGCAACACAGUGGCGGAUCACUUCGAAAGCGAAAGUGAUGAUGACUCGGAUCACGACUCGGCACAGGCCUCGUCCCCCCACUCCUCCCGCCCAGCUGACGAGGAGAAAGCUUCUACUCCCGCAACGUCUCCGUCCAAGAGGGACUCGAGGAAGAGUAGGCGAUCCGGCAAGCAGCACUACUAUGCGCGCGAUCCAGACGCCAUGCCACCAACAAGUGCUUUGCACCGCAUCGGAAGGGGCGUUGCCGCAACUUACUACUUUGUUUGGGGGCCGACCGGCAUCUAUGCGCUCCGCAUGUGCAUCGCCACAUUCGCAGUAUGGAUCCCGAUGGUCCUUCCCAACACGGCCUACUUCGUCUAUCAGCAUCGAGGUAUUUGGGCGUUAAUCAUGGCUCAGACGGCAGCGGCUCUCUCGGGGGGCGAGCUCAUAUUUACCUUUGCCAUGCGGUUCAUUGGAACGGUCAUCGGCCUUCUUUACGGAUGCGUUCUGUGGUACAUCUCCACCGGCAAUGGUCGCGGCAACGCGUACGGAGUCGGUGCUGCCACCGCGGUGGGCUUCAUUCCGCUCGUCUUUCUGCGCGUGUGGGCGCCGAAGAUGCUUUUGCUGCCAGCCAUCAUGCUCAACGUGUCCUGUAUUCUUGUGGUCGGUUACAGCUGGAUCGAUACUCACCUCACGGUGCUGGCCAACAGUGGCAUUGGCAUCGAGGUCGCUUGGAAGCGAACGCUGCUCGUCAUUAUCGGUAUGACGGUUGCGCUGAUCGUCAUGGUGUUCCCGCGGCCAGUGUCGAGCCGUCUCCUGCUGCGCAAGAAUAUGGCUAAGGUGACUCGACAACUCAACGACUUGUUCGUCGAGACCAUGGAAGCCUGGAUCGAGAGGAACCGAAUCCAGGAGCGGGAGGCAGAACGCGCCGGCUUUGCCAACCAGAUGGAUACGAAUGGUGAGAAGGUCGAGGAGGGCGAAAAUGCCGCAGGCCAAUUCUGGCAAGACCGCGAGCCACUGAUUCGAGCACGCUUCAUGGCCAUCAGCGGCGCUGUUGCGACUUAUGGGAGUCAGAUUGGGCUCGCUUCGAUGGAUUUCCACAUCAGAGGUCGAUGGCCAGCAGAGCGGUACGUCGAGAUUGCAGCUGUGCAUGCGGCGAUCCUCGAGUCGCUUGGAGGCAUCGUCUCAUCGGUGCGCGCCUUUGACGGGCUGACGACGCUCUCAAAUGACGGAGACGUGACAAAAAGCCGAGCUCCCAAGAGUCGCUUGGACUGGCAGACGCUGCUCUCGACAUCCACAUCGCUGCUGGAUCCGCAGUAUCUGUCGGAGAUCUGCAUGAUGUUCGAUCUCCUCUCCAAGGCACUGCGAAACGGCGAGCGACUUCAGCACGCUUCGUUUUCGUUGCUGGAGAACCACUUCAAGUAUGCGGCGAGCAAUCGCAACAUUGAUGCAUUCCUGCGCAAGAAGGCGAGCGAGGAGCGCAAGCUGGCAGAAGGCACUCAAGGCACGACGGAAGGGGAGGACGUGCUGAGCUGGAGCGUGCUGCGCGAUCCGAUGUAUCUGCGCUACACGACGGCGCGGAUGGCGGCAAUCGCUUUGGCCACCGAGCUGGACAAGUUCAAGGCCAUCGUGCAGGACUUGGUCGGAGAAAACUCGCUGGUAGGCUUCGACAUGCUCAAGGAGAAGUACGAUGAGAGGAUGGUUCGCGCCCAGACCACGUUGGACAAGUUGUAG